CGCCCUAGGCGUGAGACCAGUCGUGGGACAGGAACUGAGGGUGCUCCGGUUGGAGAGUUAACAUUUGUGCGAACGCCGCCGGGACGAACGGUCUCUGGGGACACGCAGGCAACUGGCCUCCAACUGUUGCCCCCAUGCGGAGACCCUCCUUUCUCUCGCAGCGGCCGCUAUUGCUGCUGCUGCUGUCGCCGUGGCCAGUCUGGACCCAGACGCCUGCCGCGGCCGCCCACUGGGGAACUCAGGGCGCCCCUCACUGCCCCGAGGCGUGCGCGUGCGCGCCAGACGGCCAGGCCAACUGUUCGGGGCGAGCGCUGCUCGCCGUGCCAGCGGGCCUGAGCCGGCCGGUGCGCGCGUUGCUGCUGGACCACAACCGCGUGCGCGUGCUGCCGCCUGGCGCCUUCGUGGGCGCUGGCGCGCUGCUACGCCUGGACCUGCGAGAGAACGGACUGCGCUGGGUGCACGCGCGGGCUUUUUGGGGCCUGGGCGCGCUUCAGGAGCUCGACCUCGGCGCCAAUCAGCUGGAGACGCUGGUGCCCGGCACCUUCGCGCCACUGCGCGCGCUGCGCGUCCUCUCGCUGGCGGACAACCAGCUGGCGCGCCUGGAGCCCGCGGCUCUAGGCGCGCUCCCGCUGCUGGGCGCGCUCAGCCUGCAGGAUAACGAUUUGUCUGCGCUCGCGCCCGGCCUGCUGGCCGGCCUGCCCGCUCUCAACACGCUGGGCCUGCGCGGCAACCCCUGGGCCUGCGGCUGCGCGCUGCGCCCGCUCUGCGCCUGGCUGCGCAGGCACCCGCGCCCCGCGCCAGAGGCCGAGACGCUGCUCUGCGUGUCGCCCGGGCGACUGACGCUCAGCCCCUUGACCGCCUUCUCCGAAGCCGCCUUCAGCCACUGCGGGCAGCCCCUUGCCCCGCGGGACCUGGCCGUGGUCUACGCGCUCGGGCCCGUCUCCUUCCUCGCCAGCCUAGCUGCCUGCAUGGCUCUGGGCUCCGUGUUCACCGCCUGCCGCGCGCGCCGCCGGCGCCGCGCCGCCGCCGCCCGCCUCCGGCCGAGGAGACUGCCGGAUCCCGGUCGCGGCCCGGCCUCGCCUGCGGACCCUGGGAGCACGGAGAACGCCGCCGCCCAAGCCUGAGAAGGCCGCGGCUGCCCUCGAAUCCUUCCCUACCCCGUGUCCUCCUCCACACUCCCUGCAGGCAUCAACAAGCGACAGAGAUCGAAAUUUUCGUGACAUUCCUUUAGGCAUCACCACUGCACACACCGGGUCGGGGCGGGGGUGGGCGGUGCGCGCCCGGCCCCUGGGGCAGAGGGGUGGCCCGCGGCUGCACACAGGCUGCUGGGGGAAGGCACGCGCCGGGACACGGGAGGGGCUGGGCCUGUACAAGGUGGGGCGCAGGGCUGAGGACAGUCCUGCGCCAGCGUCUGGGGAAGCCCAUCCUGGGCUGCAGGCCAGAGGAAGCAAAGAGAAGGCUCAGCCCUUGCAGAGUCCAGAGAAGGUGGGAGGCAAUGGGGAGCUGGAGCACCCCCUGGGAGGCGGCUGCCAGCUGGGGGGGAGGUCAGGGUCUGCAGAAGGGGAAAGGCAGGGCAAGCUCGGAGGAUGGGGUCAGGCGGAGGAGGGGCGUGAGCAAGAAGAGGAGAGGUGGAGCGAGGCGGUGAGGUGCGGGCGCUGUG